AUGACGUUGUCCAAUACGCCAUUCGUCACAGAAGAGACGUGCUCCGAGAGCUCGAGCGGCUUCCGGGCGAGGUCCGAGUGCCCGUCCUCGCGGUCGAUCGGCGGGCCGUCGUCUUCGGGCACGCAGUCGUGCCCGGGGACCAUCGCUGCACCGCGGAGCCGCCGACGAAGCAGCGAUCGUCCGCCGCCGGUCUUGGGGGGCGCGGCUGCGGCACCGCCGGCGGCGAGCCGAACACUUCGCCCGGCGCCCUCGACGAGCGCCGGCCGCGACGUCCGCCCUCCCGACGAGGCGAGGGGCACCGCGACGAACGCGCGUCCCGCCCGGAGAGCAGCCGACGACGUAGCCGACGAGCCGGAAGGCACGUCCGCCCGAGGUCUCCCUUCGUCCCUCGAGGCCGCCAAGAAAGCGGUGGUCAGAAGGUCCUCUGGCCCCGCCAUAGUUCAACGUGCCACGCCUCCGGCCGGCCUCGUCGCGGCCAGAACGUCGGUGGGCAACCGAGGACAGCCCGGUGGUGGCCCGCCGAACGCGUCCGACGUGCUCUCGCCGCGCUUGACCAUACCCAGCUUUUUCGAGCAGCCGCCGACGCCCGACGUUCUGGAAGCACGUCGGCCCACCGGCGCUGCCGCGCGCACCGAGGCGACCGCGGAACGGGCCGCGUCGGCCAAGGCAGAGGGGGGCGAGUGCUGCGAAGGGACCUUCUCGAGCGUUCUGUCGGUGCGCUCCCUGCUCCAGGUGGAGGACCCCGACGUCAGCAACAGGCAGCCGGACGACAGGGAAGAAGGUUCGCCGCAGUUCGUGGUGUCCAUGGUGGGCAAGAUGGCCGUGCUGCUGGCGUGCUGGUACCUGUUCCUGGUCUCGUUGGACCUGCUCAGCUCGGCCUUCAAGCUCUUCGCCGGACACCAGUCGUCCGUCCGGGUCCCCAAGAGCGACGUGAUCCGCAAUCCCGUCGUGGGCAUCAUGACGGGCCUGCUUGUCACGGUGCUCGUGCAGAGUUCGUCAUCGUCCACCUCUAUCACCAUCUCCUUGGUCGGAUCCCAGCUGCUGAGCGUGAAGCAGGCCAUCCCGAUCGUGAUGGGCGCCAACCUGGGCAGCUCGGUGACGAGCAGCGUGGCCGCGCUCUCUCAGGUGACGCGACGCGACGAGCUGCGCCGGGCGUUCGCCGUGGCCACCGCGCACGGCCUCUUCAACUGGCUCACGCUCGUCGUGCUGCUCCCCUUCGAGGUCACCUUCGCGUUCUUAGAGUCGUCAUCGCGAAUGGCAGUGGAGGCCCUGGACCGAAAGCACCGCCUGCUCCGGUACAACCACCUGCGUGCGCUCACUCGGCCGCUGACCAGCUUCAUCAUUCAGCUGGAAGAAGCGAGGCCUCCGCAAAGGAUGACCGCCGAGCGCAACGACGGCAGUGGCAUCGUCAUCAACACCGUCCGCACCUGCUGCGCCUUCAACGGGAGCCGCUGUGUGAGACCCUGCCAAAACGCGCUGGCGCGCCUCCAACUGAGCGACCAGACGGCCGGCCUGGUGCUGCUCUUCUUUUCGCUGCUGCUUCUUCUCGGCUGCCUGAGCCUGCUGGCGCGCACCCUGAGCCCCGCCCUGCGGCUACAGGUGGCGUUGUCUCGGGUGCCACAGGGCCUGCUCGAGGGCUACGCCUGCCUCUGCCUGGGCCUGCUCGCCACCCUGGUGAUGCAGAGCAGCACGGCGCUCAGCUCGACCCUGGCGCUGCUCGCCGCGUCGGCGGGCGACCGCGUGGCCAGCCUGCAGCGCGCCUACCCGGUGCUGGUGGGCGCCAACAUCGGCACCACCAGCACGGGCCUGCUGGCCGCGCUCGCGGGUGACCCGACGCCCGAGACGCUCCAGCUGGCGCUGUGCCACGGCUUCUUCAACGUGUACGGCGCCCUGCUGUUCUACCCGGUGCCCUUCAUGCGGUUCCCGCUGCCGCUGGCGCAGCUGCUGGCGGCCACGGCCGCGCAGUACCGGUGGUUCGCCGUCGCCUACCUGCUGCUCGUGUUCCUCACGCUGCCGCUGCUCGCGCUCGUCCUGUCGUUCGCCGGCAACACGCUGUUCAGCACCGUGGGCGUGCCGCUACUGCUGGUCGCGCUGUUUUUGGUGGCGCUGAACACGGCCCAGCGACACCGGCCGCACUGGCUGCCGCCUUUCCUGCGCUCCUGGGCCUGGCUGCCCUUGUGGAUGCACUCGCUGGCGCCGCUCGACGCGCUGCUCGAGGAGUACGUGCUCAGGCGAUGGCGGAUACUCGACGCCUUCCUCGGACCACCGCCGCCGCCCGCUGCCCGCAACACCUCCUAG